UAAUUGAAGAAAUAUCAAAAUGCUCGGUCGUCAGCUCAUUAAAUCAGUAACAUCAACACCACAGCUUGUCCAAGCUCGUGCACAUUCUAUUGUGUCAGGUCCACCAAGAGUCAAGAUCUCAUUCGGUGAAAAAGCUGCUCAUGGUGCUCUCAUGUUCGCUUCCUGGUUGACAAUCCCAGUAUGGGUUCUUACUCACAUGAAGGAAUAUAAGGGACAGAAGUAAAUUGAUUCUACCUGAAAGAUUAAUAAGAAUUAUAAUAUUCUAAAACUUAAAAAUAGUUCGCUAAAUUCCCGAU